UGACAUCAAACCACCUUUAACUCCUGAUUCCUCCUACAGACUUUUUUUCGUCUCUCUCUCUAUUCAUUUCAUCCUUACUCUCCUACUCUCUCUUUUUUUUUAUCCUUGAGCCCUUAAAGUAACCUAACGAGCUUUUGCUGCAGGAUGUUAUAAAUGUUAUAAAUUUACACUCAGCUUUGCACCUGAUGAUGUGGAUGAGUUUAUUUAUUAGCUGUUAUUAUUAUUAUUAUUAUUAUUAUUAUUAUUCCUGUAGGUGUGCAGGUCUUUUUAAAAGCUCAUGUGGUACGCAACAGUGUCCUGUUAGUCAUGAUUGUCAUGACAUGAACUACAAUUAAACUUUUAUUACAAGUAAACACUAAACCAGAUCACACCAGUAAGAGUUUAUAACCAAAACAUUUUGCAUUUUACAAAAGGUUUGCAACAAGGUGAUUAGAACACGUUACCUUAUGAAGCACUUCCUAAAGAGCAGUUUUAGAUGCAGAAAAUUGAAAGCACAAUAAAAAGUUCUUGUCUCCAACUUGUCUUGUUGCAACUUCCAGAUGGACCAUCAGUAUAGGAAGUACAGCAACAUAAAGUGACACAAGUAACAUCACUACAGAUGGCUGAAUAUCGUGUAGGGUUUUGUUAAAUGAGAAAUCGCAUCAUCUUGACUCAGUUGCAAAGCAGAGAUAACCUAAGCUCUAAAUUUUACAUUUACAAGAUCCUGCAUGAAAAGCACUGUAAGUUGCUCUCUCUGGGCGUCGCAGGUUCAUGCAGCACAGACGUCAAAGAGAACCGCAAUCUGGAUAACUUCUCGUUCAAGACGGGGCUUCAGGCAGCCAACAGGAACACACGGCUGGGGUUGAAGCGCAAGAGGCCCCUGGAGGAGGGCAAUCGAGGCCAUGCCCACUCCAAAUUCCGUCCCAAGAGGCGCAAGAAAGUGCCUGGUCCGAUGCCACCGAAGAACGCGCUCAUGCAGCUGAAUGAGAUCAAACCGGGCCUUCAGUACAAACUCCUGUCCCAGACGGGGCCGGUGCACGCUCCAGUCUUCGCCAUGAGCGUGGAGGUCAAUGGGCAGCGCUUCGAGGGGACGGGGCCUACGAAGAAGAAGGCCAAGUUAAGCGCAGCGGAAAAGGCGUUGCGCUCUUUCGUCCAGUUCCCCAACGCCUCGGAAGCUCACGUCGCCAUGGGCCACACGUUCAGCAUCAACACCGACUUCACCUCGGACCAAGCCGAUUUCCCCGACGCUCUCUUCAACGGAUUUGAGACGCCUCAUGAUCUGUUCUGCCCUAUUUCUACCACCAACGGAACCCUGCACCCGAGGAAGGAGUGCACGCCACCUGUUUCGGCGCCACAACCGGUCCUUGUGGGCCACGGGAAGAACGCAGUGAUGAUCCUUAAUGAGCUGCGGCCGGGCCUCAGGUACGAGUUCGUGGCUGAAAGCGGAGAAAGCCACGCUAAGAACUUCGUGAUGGCUGUAACGGUAGACUCGCAGGUCUUUCAGGGAUCAGGACGAAAUAAGAAGCUGGCAAAGGCACGUGCGGCUCAGGCGGCGCUUUCAGGCCUCUUCAACAUGCAGCUGGACCAGACGCCGUCUAGACAGCCCAUACCGAGAGACGGGCUGCAGUUACACCUGCCGCAGGUCUUGGCAGACGCUGUGUCUCGGCUGGUGGUGGAGAAGUUCAGUGAGCUGACGGACAACUUCAUAUCGCCACACGCACGACGGAAAGUCCUUGCUGGUGUUGUUAUGACAACAGGGACUGAUGUGAAGGACGCACAGGUGAUCUGCGUUUCCACGGGAACCAAGUGCAUAAACGGGGAGUACAUGAGUGACCGAGGUCUGGCGUUAAACGACUGUCACGCUGAGAUCAUCGCACGGCGUUCGCUAAUCAGAUACCUGUACAGCCAGCUGGAGCACUUCCUCAGUAACAACCCAGAGGAUCACGAGUGCUCCAUAUUCCGGCGGUGUGAUGAGCACGGCUACCAGCUGAAGGACGAUGUUCAGUUCCACCUGUACAUCAGCACCUCGCCGUGCGGAGACGCUCGAAUCUUCUCACCACAUGAAGCUGCCGUCGAGGAUCAGGGAGACAGACACCCGAACAGAAAAGCCAGAGGACAGCUGCGCACUAAGAUCGAGUCGGGAGAGGGAACCAUCCCGGUCCGCUCCAGCAACACCAUCCAGACGUGGGACGGGGUCCUGCAGGGCGAGAGGCUGCUCACCAUGUCGUGCAGUGAUAAGAUCGCCAGGUGGAAUGUGGUGGGAGUGCAGGGUUCUCUGAUGAGUUAUUUUUCAGGCCCGAUCUAUUUCUCCAGUAUAAUCCUGGGCAGUCUGUACCACGCGGAUCACCUCAGCAGGGCCAUGUACCAGCGGGUCGCGGAUAUAGAAGAGCUACCACAACCUUUCACCCUCAACAGGCCACUGCUCAGUGGAAUCAGUAAUGCGGAGGCACGGCAGCCUGGUAAAGCUCCAAACUUCAGUGUGAACUGGACAGUGGGGGAUCAGGGGUUAGAGGUCAUCAAUGCCACCACAGGGAAGGACGACCUGGGCCGACCGUCUCACCUCUGCAAACACGCCCUGUACAGCCGCUGGGUUCGUCUGCACACCAAGCUCUCUCAGACUCUGAGGAUCCGAGUGGCUCGACCUGCUUCCUAUCAUGACGCCAAACUGGGUGCGGCAGAUUACCACUCAGCCAAGCAGACUCUGAUCCAAGCUUUCCAGAAAGCGGGUCUCGGCGCGUGGGUGAAAAAACCCAUCGAACAGGACCAGUUCUCCCUCACGCAGUGAUGAGAGAGAGAGAGAGAAUAAAACCGACAGCACACAUUCGUUUUUAAACUAUCAUGUCACCCAUCGUCUUUCAGUUUUACCCCAGACUAAUCUGUCUUAACAGAAACAUUAAAUCUCAUGUCGUUCUCCUAUUUAAGUUUUACUUGAAGUGUUUUGAAGCGGGUCUGUGCUCAUGUUUAAACACCAGGAAUCGGUGACUUGCCCAUCGGACUUGUAUUAUUUUACCUUUUUGUUUUGUUUUAUUAUUUUUAUUAUUUAUUUAUUUACACGUCUUCUAUACAUGUCUACAAAAUAAUUUUUUAGUAAAAGUUUCCUUAAACCCUUGACUGCUGAAGAACAUCUGCACCAAAAACAUUUCUCCUUGAUUAUGUUAAUAAACACCUCUGAUAUCACAGUGUGACCGAAUGCUCGAAUGUGAUUGGUCAGAAUGUCUGCAUUAUUUCUGUAUAUCUGCAUGGC